AUGGCGCCGAAACAGGACCCGAAACCUAAAUUUCAAGAAGGUGAAAGAGUGCUGUGUUUUCAUGGGCCAUUGCUCUACGAAGCUAAGUGUGUGAAAAUCAACGUGAAGGAAAAGCAGAUCAAAUAUUUUAUUCAUUACAGCGGUUGGAACAAAAACUGGGACGAAUGGGUUCCUGAAAGCCGUGUUCUGAAGUAUGUGGACAGUAACCUGCAAAAACAAAAAGAGCUUCAGAGGGCUAAUCAAGACCAUUAUGUAGAAGGAAGAAUGAGGGGAGCUGCACCAAAUAAGAAAAUCCCUGCCCCACCGCAGAAAAAUGAAGUGAAAACCAAAAAGAACAAACAGAAAACGCCAGGAGCCGGAGAAGGAACCAGCUCCGGAGGCGACGCCACUCACCCGCCACGAAAGAAGAGGGCGCGCGUCGACCCCACCGUGGAGAGCGAGGAGACUUUUAUAAACCGCGUUGAGGUAAAAGUGAAGAUUCCAGAAGAACUGAAGCCGUGGCUCGUGGACGACUGGGACCUGAUCACUCGCCAGAAACAGCUUUUUCAUCUUCCAGCGAAAAAAAAUGUGGACGCUGUUCUAGAAGAUUAUGCAAACUACAAGAAGUCGAGAGGAAACACCGACAGCAAGGAGUUUGCGGUGAACGAGGUGGUGGCUGGGAUCCGUGAAUACUUUAACGUGAUGUUGGGGACGCAGCUGUUGUAUAAGUUCGAGCGGCCGCAGUACGCAGACGUUUUGGCGAAUCACCCGGACACCGCCAUGUCGCAGAUCUACGGAGCACCGCACCUACUCAGACUCUUCGUGAGGAUCGGGGCCAUGCUAGCUUACACGCCGCUGGACGAGAAGAGCCUGGCGCUGCUGCUCAGUUACCUCCAGGACUUUCUCAAAUAUUUGGUGAAGAACUCAGCUUCACUCUUUAAUGCCAGUGACUACGAGGUGGCGCCCCCUGAGUACCACCGCAAGGCUGUGUGA